AUGCUUGACUUCUGCUACAGGCCCGACAGCUAUCCGAGGUGGGCAUCGGAUGAAGCUGUCAGUCUUUCUCCGCGCUUCUGGACGCCGCAGAUCGGACCCUGGGGACUUGAGGUGCGCAGGUUGGCGGUGGGGAACAGGUGGGUCAGUCGCCGACCAGUGAACGGUGCGCCCGUCAGUCUCGGGGGCGAAUGGAGGAAAUGGGUGGUCGUCGCUUCUGGAUCGGCUUAUGACCAUGCCGCAGCAUGCUUGUGA